AUGUCGUCGGGUACUGUUAACUUCCCCGCCAUUCUUACCCGGGAGUCGACUUUCCCGUAUGAGCAUUCAAUAGGUCGUCUGAGGGUUCGCCGCGGUUCAUUACUGUGCUUACACACUAGGCUACCCUUCUCCGAAAGCUCCGCGGGACCACCUACCACUAGUCUUCGGCCGGAGGGGUUUAUUGCACAAAAACGCCGGGACGCAGGCUCCCGAAGAGGGAAGCCCAACGAAUGUCUCUGCCGAAGUUCAACCGGCAUUGACCGCAGAUUGCGAGAACGUGAGCUUCAUGCCUUCUAUAGAAUUUUUAGGUCAGUUCGUGCCACUAGAGAGUAUGGAGAUGGCUCCUUCCACCCGGUCCUAGACAUAAAGACUCCUGGGUCUCGCCCUUUUGGUCAUACCGUUAUCAUCCGAAGAAAAGAAUACCCGAAGGCUCUUGCCUUGUGUAUAAAGCUUAUAAGGAUAGAACUUUGGGAGGAAAAGAGAAAGCGAGAGAAACCCCACCCCUCUCUUUCCAGAGGAUUCGCGGCAUGUCAAGCCGGUUCUUCGCUUUGGCUAAGAUUAUUCUGCCAAGCGAGUUUCGGCAAGUACAUUGACCCCACACAAAUCACGUUCACGAAACAAAAACUACUUGCUAUAUUUAUAUACGCAAUUCAUUUCGCCUCACUCGACUCUAUAUCUAGCCAAAGACCGUGUCAAGCCUUGGAUUCGACUUUGGGCAAUGCCACUUCGAAAGAAAGGGAAUCAGAGAGAUCUUUGAACAGCAGAAAAGACGGAUCUGAGAACAUAGCCAUAGUUACGGUUUCAGGGCUUAGAGAGACUGGACGCGUACCGAACGAAGAUCGUGUCUAUUUACGCUAA